AUGAGAAAUAAAACGACUAGAAAAAGAGAGCAUAUUUUAAUAAAGUUUAAAAUCAAGUAUACUAAUAUUUCAGAAAUAAAUAAUUAAGUAUUUGAAGAAUUUUAUUUAAAUAAAUUAAAAGAAUUUUGUUUCUCAACUCGUAAUUGUGAAUUAUGUCCAAAAAGUCAGCAGAUUAUUAAAAGAAAUCUAUUUAAAUAAUAAUUUAUUUAUUUACAAAAUUGCAUGGUUAAAAAUUUAUUAAAAAAAAGAAAUAAAAUUUCAGUAUUUUAAAAAUAAGCUUAUGUAAUUAUUAAAAAAGAAUAAAGUCGUUCUAAAAAUGUUUUAAUCUCAAUUAAAGUAAAAAAUAUAAAGAUAAAUUAAUUGAAAAAUUGCUUUCUACUUUACUGGAUGAUAUAAACAGCCUAAGUAAAUUAAGAUUUUCUAAAAGAUGAAAUAAAUUUAGUUUUUUGAUUUAUAGAUUUUGAUGAUUUUCUUAUAAAUAAGAAAUUUUGUCAUCCUUAAAAAUAAAUUGGAUAAUAUAUUGAAAAAUAUUGUAGCCAAAAAUGCCUAUGCAAUAAAGAUAUUGUUUAAAUUAAGGAUACACUUUAGGAAAUGACAAGUAUCGAUUUAAACUCAAAUAAUAAUUAUAAGGAAAACGAUAUUAAUUAAGGUAGAUAUUAAAAUUAAUUGAAGUUAAUUAUAACAGGAUUUGAUAAUGAAGAGUUUUUUAGAAAAGUAAGACUUUUAAAAAAUAUUAUUUUUAAUGAAGAUUGCAAAAAUAGUAUUAUUUGCAUUAGUAAAAAUAGUAUUAUUUGA